AUGUGUAGACAUAAUGCUAGGAUUGGGGAGUUGAAUUCCAUGGUGGGAAGUGAUGCUAGAAAUCGAUCUCUAGACAACAAUAGUUCUAGUCCCUUCAAUAAUCAUCUUCUGCAUAGAUCUACGGGGGAGCAAGACAUUUCUCUUUAUCACAACUAUAUAGGUGAACAACAUUUGGAAACAGUCAAUAAUGUGUCAAGACUAGCACAUGGCAGUGGUCAUACACAAAUGAAAAGCUUAUCACCCAAUGGUGGGACUCACCAGUUUCCAAAUAACGACAAUUUGCUGAAGCAAGCAUCCAACACCGAGAGGAAUCUUGUGGGCACUGCUAUCAAUAGUUCGUUUGAUAGAAGUGGAGCGACUAUGAGAUCUCAAGAUAACAUUGAUGGUGACGUGUCUCAUCCUACCAUGAGGCAUGGCAGGGUUGCUUCCUUUGUUUUAGAAGAAGAGGGCCCUGGCAUAGAAGGCUUCCAAAUUAUAGGGGAUGCAAAACCAGGAGGAACCCUUUCAGGCUGUGGAUAUCCUGUACGUGGAACUUCUCUGUGUAUGUUUCAGUGGGUUCGUCAUCUUCCAGACGGCACUAGGCAGUACAUAGAAGGAGCCACCAAUCCAGAAUACAUAGUCACAGCUGAUGAUGUCGAUAAACUUAUUGCUGUGGAGUGCAUACCAAUGAAUGAUCAAGGCCGUCAGGGAGAAUUGGUCAGACUUUUUGCUAAUGAUCAGAACAAAAUAACAUGCGUGCCAAAAAUGGGGGGAACUACCCGGGAAGGAGUUGGGAACAAGAACAAGGAGAAGACCCAGCUUACUGCGGCUUAA